AUGGGAAACCAACAAUCGGGGCUCCUUGAUAACAUUGCCUCGGGCUCGAAUUUCGACCGCGAGGAAGUUGACCGCCUGAGAAAGCGGUUUAUGAAGCUGGACAAGGACAACUCAGGAACCAUUGAGCGCGACGAAUUCCUGGCCCUCCCCCAAAUCUCCUCGAACCCCCUCGCAACACGCAUGAUUGCUAUUUUCGACGAAGACGGUGGCGGCGAUGUUGAUUUUCAGGAAUUCGUCUCUGGUCUCUCGGCUUUCAGCAGCAAGGGAAACAAGGAAGAGAAACUACGGUUCGCCUUCCGCGUAUACGAUAUUGACCGCGACGGAUACAUCAGCAAUGGAGAACUGUUCAUUGUGUUGAAGAUGAUGGUGGGAAGCAACUUGAAGGACCAACAGCUACAGCAAAUUGUCGACAAGACCAUCAUGGAAGCCGACCUCGACCGCGACGGCAAGAUCAGUUUCGAAGAAUUUACCAAGAUGGUCGAAAAUACCGAUGUUUCUAUGAGCAUGACACUGGACCAAUUCUAA